AUGGAAGAGAAAGCUAUUAUCUGUUCCCUGCUUAAAUGCUGUUGUGCUUUCGCCCUGCUUACCUUACCGCUAACGACCGGAGAUAUUAGCUUUUCAAUUCCGGAGGAGAUGAAACGCGAAUCUGUUAUUGGAAAUAUAGCGAAGGAUAUUGGCGUGGAUGCUAAAAGUCUGUCUGCCCGAAAGGCUCGUAUCGACACUGAAAGGAGCCGCCGAAGGUACUGCGACAUUGAUCUGAAUUCUGGCAAUUUGAUUGUGUUUGAAAGGAUUGACCGGGAAGCCCUUUGUGGCCAGAUGGUUUCGUGUGCUCUGAAAUUUGAGCUUGUAUUGGAGAAUCCUCUAGAAUUACACCGUAUAUCACUUAAUAUUCAGGAUAUUAACGACAACCUCCCACAAUUUGCAAAAGACCUAAUAAAGCUGGAAAUCAGAGAAUCGGCAUAUAAAGGAGCUCGCUUUCCCUUGGACGAGGCCCACGACGCGGAUAUAGGACAGAACGCGAUUCAAAGCUACACACUACAAAGGAAUAAUCAUUUUAUAUUGGACGUUCAAACCAAUACAGACGGAAUGAAAUACGCCGAAUUGGUUUUAGAAAAAGAGCUGGACCGCGAAGAACAGCACGAGGUUACAUUAUUACUUACUGCGCUUGAUGGAGGGACCCCGCAGAGAUCCGGUACUGUAGCUGUACACGUCACUGUGCUGGAUGCGAACGAUAACAGACCUGUAUUUAGCCAGGCAGUUUAUAAAGUCAGCCUGCCUGAAAAUGCUGCUUUAGGCGCUGUAGUGGUAACAGUCAUUGCCACUGAUGCAGACGAGGGAGCUAAUGGUGAUGUGACUUAUGAGUUUGGCCGUAUUUCGAAUGAAGUUGAAAAAAUGUUUUCCCUGGAUCGUAAAACAGGACAGGUUAUACUUAAUGGCAAUCUCGAUUUCGAAGAGAAUGUAAAUUACAAAAUGAGAAUCCAAGCAAAAGAUGGGGCAGGUUUAGCGUCGUAUGCAACUGUCAUUCUAGAAAUUACUGAUGUGAAUGACAACGCCCCUGAGAUAUUUUUGAAAUCUCUGUCGAAUCCCAUCUCUGAAAGCGCAAUACCUGGCACAGAGGUGGGCAUCAUUAAUGUCCAGGAUAAAGAUUCAGGUGCAAAUCAACAAGUCCGCUGCUCCAUUCAGCAAAAUGUUCCUUUCAAGUUAGUCCCCUCCAUUACAAAUUAUUACUCACUGGUAACGACCAGCGAACUCGACCGCGAACUAGUGUCUGAUUACAACAUAACAAUUACAGCUACAGAUGAGGGCUCUCCACCGUUAUCCUCUUCAAAAACUGUGCAGUUAUCUGUGUCAGACGUGAAUGACAAUCCGCCAUUGUUUGAGGAGCAGUCAUACAGUGCCUAUGUGACUGAAAAUAACAAACCCGGAACCUCUGUUAUUUCUGUGAGGGCGACAGACCCGGACUGGAGGCAGAACGGGACUGUUUUCUAUUCUCUCUUGUCCAGUGAGGUCAGUGGUGUUCCUGUGUCCUCGUUUCUAUCAAUUAAUGGAGACACUGGAGUGAUCCAUGCAGUGAGAUCAUUUGAUUAUGAGCAGUUCAGAAGCUUCAAAGUACAGGUCGUUGCCAGAGACAACGGCUCUCCUCCACUCAGCAGCAACGUGACAGUGAGUGUGUUCAUAACAGAUGAGAAUGAUAACUCUCCACAGAUAUUAUAUCCUGCGCCUCUGGGUAACUCCAUGAUGACAGAGAUGGUCCCCAAAGCUGCUCAUGCCGGCUCUCUGGUUUCCAAGGUGAUCGCUGUGGAUUCAGAUUCUGGGCAGAAUUCAUGGCUAUCCUAUCAGAUCCUCAAAUCGUCUGAUCCUACACUUUUUGCCAUUGGCCAUCACAGCGGAGAGAUUAGGACACAGCGAGACAUUUCUCUAUCUGAUGCAAUGAAGCAAAACAUUGUUGUAUCAGUGAAAGAUAACGGACAGCCCUCUCUCUCGUCAACUUGCACAGUGUAUCUACUGAUUUCAGAUAACUUGGCAGAAGUUCCUGAACUGAAAGAUAUGUCAUAUGAGGAGAACAAUUCCAAGUUAACUUCAUAUUUGAUCAUAGCUCUCGUCUCUGUUUCCACCUUCUUCCUGACGUUCAUUAUUCUUAUUAUCGCUGUGAGGUUUUGCCGCAGAAGAAACCCAAGACUGUUGUUCGACAGUGCUGUGGCCAUUCCCAGCGCUUAUUUCCCUCCCAACUACGGGGAAGUCGACGCAACAGGAACUCUUCGCAGCUCCUACAAUUAUGACACUUACUUAACAGCUGGCUCGCGCACCAGCGACUUCAAGUUCAUGAGCUCGUCCAACGACGCCACAAUGCCCGCUGAUCUUACUCUCAAGAGAUGUCAAAAUGAAAUUGUGAACGGGGAAUCAACCCUCCACAGGACACAGGUUAAUGAGGUCAGCGGUGUUCCUGUGUCCUCGUUUGUAUCCAUUAAUGGAGACACCGGAGUGAUCCACGCUGUCAGAUCGUUUGAUUAUGAGCAGUUCAGAAGCUUCAAAGUGCAGGUCGUUGCCAGAGACAACGGUUCUCCCCCACUCAGCAGCAACGUGACAGUGAUUGCUGUGGAUGCAGACUCUGGACAGAACGCCUGGUUGUCCUAUCAGAUCCUGAAAUCUACUGAUCCGGGUCUUUUCACCAUUGGUCUCCACAGUGGAGAGAUCAGGACGCUGAAGAGGAGCCCCCAUGAAACUAGUGAGCUGGGCGAGACGACAGAGGAUGGAUCAAAAUUCUCCACUCUGGUAAAAAUACAGUUCUAA